AGUCAGAUUGUUGACUGUCUGCGCAGCGGAUUGUCGCGUUUUUUUCCAAGGUUGUGCUUUUGGUUACUUACGGUAAGAUGGACCCGCAGUGUCCACUAAAGGAUCAGGUGAUCCACUAACUACGAAGCGAAGGCUGACUGGGGAAAAUGCAAAAUGACAUAUAGCAAAUGUCGGAGCAUAAUUCAUUCACAUUUUCGGCUCAAUUUCGGACUUAAAUCGCACCGCUGGAGCUUCAAUGUGACGAUGGCUCGUUAGGGCUGGUGGCGCAACUGCGAUUUUUUUGAUAUUUUAAUUUAUGAAAAAUCACAUUAACAGACAAAUAUUGGUUUCAACAUGGGGCUGUGCUACAGUUUGCGUCCCCGGCUCUUCGGGGACCUGAGCGGGUCUAUCUCCAACGCUACCUCGGACUCGGACCAGCCUCCGGACGCCGCCGUACCGACCCGCGCCGUGGGAGCUCGCCAGGAGGACACCGGGGGAUGCGGGGAGACUUCGUCGCUACGCGGCGGCGGCGGCCCGGUGCGCCCCGGGGACCCUGCCAGGCUCUCGGCCGGGGAGCACCGCCGUGGAGACACCGGCACCGACGGUGUGCUCAUACAAAACGGAGGUGGCGGAGGAGGAGGCGGUGGUGGUGGCGGAGGUAGCGGUAAGGGGACAGGGAAGGACCGCGGCCGACGCUUACAGCUGCUGCAAAAGACUAGCACCCAAAAGCAGAAAAACUGGGACAAAUUGCUGGUGGAGGAGAAGGAGGCCGAGAAGGAGGCGAAGAAAGUCAGUAAGAAUAUUGACAGGGCGCUGAAGGAGCUCAAACGGGAGUACAAACAGACGCAUCGGCUGCUGCUGCUCGGUGCGGGAGAGUCCGGAAAAAGCACCAUUGUGAAGCAGAUGAGGAUUCUACACGUCAACGGCUUCAACGCGGAAGAAAAGAAACAGAAAAUCCAAGAUAUUCGGAAAAACGUGAAGGAUGCCAUAGUGACUAUAGUGUCUGCGAUGAGCACUUUAAUACCCCCAGUCCCGCUAGCCAACCCAGAGGACCAAUUCAGAAUCGAAUACAUCAAAAGCAUAGCACCCCUCUCUGACUUUGACUACUCACAGGAGUUCUUUGAUCACGCAAAGAAGCUGUGGGAUGACGAAGGAGUGAAGGCAUGCUUUGAGAGGUCCAAUGAGUACCAGCUCAUCGACUGUGCACAAUAUUUCCUGGACAGAAUUGACUCUGUAAGACAGAACGACUACACACCAACGGACCAGGACCUGCUACGCUGCCGAGUGUUAACUUCAGGGAUUUUCGAGACGAGGUUCCAAGUAGACAAAGUCAACUUUCACAUGUUUGAUGUUGGGGGCCAGAGAGAUGAAAGGAGAAAAUGGAUCCAGUGCUUUAACGACGUCACUGCUAUCAUCUUCGUGGUGGCCAGCAGCAGCUACAACAUGGUAAUAAGGGAAGACAAUAACACCAACAGGCUACGGGAAGCCCUGGACCUCUUCCGCAGUAUUUGGAACAACAGAUGGUUACGCACUAUAUCGGUCAUAUUAUUCCUGAACAAGCAGGACAUGCUGGCUGAGAAAGUAUUAGCUGGAAAAUCCAAAAUUGAAGACUACUUCCCCGAAUAUGCUCGCUACACCAUACCAAAUGAAGCAACUCCUGAACCUGGUGAAGACCCAAGAGUGACGAGAGCUAAGUUCUUCAUCCGAGACGAGUUUCUUCGGAUCAGCACUGCGAGUGGUGACGGCAGACAUUACUGCUACCCCCACUUCACCUGCGCCGUGGACACAGAGAACAUCCGGCGGGUGUUCAACGACUGCCGGGACAUCAUCCAGAGAAUGCACCUGCGGCAGUAUGAACUCUUGUGAUGGGAGACCGCCUCCGUCAGCCUUCUGUGUUUUUUCUCCACCAUUCUGCAUCCUUGACAAACCCUUCCUCCUCCUCCUGCUCCUCCACCCUUCCUCCUCACCCCUCCUCCCCCAAAGAAACCCUCAAGAACCCCCCUGACCACCCCUCCUGUCGAGGACUAUGAAGUACUACUGAAGUGUGUCAAAUCCUCUUCCUCUUCUUAACUUAGCUUUUUGUACUUUUUUUUUUUCCUCUCUCUGAGACCGAUUCAUCCCCAUUUCACCGAUGUGAAAGGAAGGUUGGGGAACAAAGUUGUUGCGUGCCGCUUCUUGUUUUUUUCUUUUUCUUUUAAUCCUUCCUUUUUGAAUGCCUUGAUUUUUUUGUCAUUCCACUAAGCCUUGGGCUACCUCCUUUUUUUUUUGCCCCUUUUGUGUCCUGUUUUUUGGCUUUGUCAUUGGACCUGGACUGGUGGGUGUGGAUACAUAAAGACACACCUACAGGACCUCAGUGUAGAGGCAGUGUGUGUGCGUGUUAAUGUGUGUGUGUAAUGAAGAAAAGGAGGAAUGCCAUGUGAGCGAGCGCAUGCGUGUUUGUUCAUGUCUGUGUGUCACCUGCCGGUCAAAGCUGGCAUCACCACCAUGACCUUUGCCCCCCUCCUUUUUUGGCCCCCGUCACCCCCUCUGACCUGCUUCUCCUCUCCGCGUGGAAGACGACUGGAUGCCGCCGGAGAGGAACGGGAGUGGACGGAGGGGAACCGAGUGGAUGAAGAGAUAAAUGCACUUUGCAUCAGGUUCCUUAAUAACUUUUUUUGUUGUUGUUGUUGUUGUUGUUUUUUCUCCAGAGGAAGCAUACACACAAUGUAGCAUCACAAUAUUUAUUACCCUGUCACGAUGUUAGCUUGCCAAGCUGCAGGGUGCACCGAGCAGCCGAGGGACGUGUGGAGCAAAAGAUUAAAUUGGGAGGGGGGCAGGAAAUACACGAAGAAGAAGAAGAAGAAGAAGAAGAAGAAGAAGAAGAAGAAGAAGAAGGAUUUAAAUGAAGGAAAAGGGACUGAGCUCUCUGCACCUUAGCCCUGCUGCCUCCACGGACUCGGACCUGCCUCCUUUUUCCACACAAACCAUCCUUUUAGCUUAGAGAUACUGAUGGGAGGGGUGGGUGGGAGGGAGGAGGGACGGGAGAGAAAAAUGUAUUGUUCUCUUUAAUUUUUUUUCUUUCUUUUUUUUUUUUUGUUUUGUUUUGUUUUUUUUGUUAACUUGUACACUGUGCAAGGUUGAAUUAUCCUGUACAGACUGUAAAAUGUAAUAUUAUUUUGUACAACUUAAUUGAAAGAAAAACAAAUCUACUUGUAGAUCUUUGUGCCUUGAUUAUGGCUGUACCUGUAAAUGAGCUCAGAUGUAAGUAUGUUUUCGACUGCGCUGUACAGCUUGAUGUCAAUCUCUAUCAGCAGCGGAAGACUGCGGGUAGGGGACUUUCUCUGUAGAGUUUAGUUUUUUCUGGUUUAUAAAAAAAAGGAAAUGCUGUUUAGUAAAAAAUAAAAAAAUAGGGAAAAAAUCCUAAAAACCUGUAUACAUUAUGCAAAUUAACCACUUACCUGCAGUGAAGACCAGAUGUUGCAGCGCCAUGCCUUUUUUUUUCUUCUGUUGGUUUUAUUUUUCCUCCUUUUUAAUUUUAUUUUAUUUUAUUUUGUUUUGUUUUUUUUUUUUUUUGAAUUUCACAGCUUUAAACAAACAUUGGAAAUCCAUUGAAAGUGUCCAAAUUGCAACCUGGUGUUGUUUUAAUAGGAACCAACGUUUUUUCGAUAUGAAGUGUGUCUGAGAUCUGUACUGAUGUGCGUGCCUGUGCGCAUGUGUACAUAAGACAAACAUAGACUCACAGACGCAUUGUGUGUGUGUGUGUGCGUGCGUGUGUGCAAGGGUGAGUGUGCGUUGUGUGUAAAAUUUUAUAAAUGUAUGUACAUGUAAAUUUAUAGGUCUAUAUAAAUAUAUAUGUACAAUUAUACAUGUUUAAUUAUGUGUGUGCCUAGGUGUACAUACCUAUGUAUGUAUACGGUAAAUAUGUAUACAUACACACAUAGGAAAGCAUGUUUAGAAUGGAGAUGAAUAAAUGAGAGCGUGCAAUAUUAGUAAUUCUUUGGUCCUUUGGAGCCAUACCCAAUGGCACAGGCACUAUGAAUGUGUGAGCAGCACCCAACAAGACAAGCUCUUCUCCUUGUACAAACAGCAUCAGCCUUUUCUUCUGCUACAGUACACGUCUAUCCCCAAAAGAGAGUGAACUGACUGGAGGUGCAAAAACCUUGUUUGGCCUGGGAGGAUGAUUAAAUGACAUUUUUAUUUUCUUUAAAUAAAGAGGCACAUUAGAGGACUUUGCUUUAUUUCCA